UCAGUCUGUCAGGUCAUGGCGGAGCGCGGACGCGGGGACGCGCAGAGACGCGGGGAUCUGCCGGUGUACGUGGACCCGCUGCCGCGACAGAAACACGGAGGGUUGUUCGCGAACGUAGAAGGAGCCUAUGAGAGCAAGUCCAUCGAUUUCGACGCUCUUACCGUCGGUCAGCGGAGCUCCAGGAGCCCAAGAGCCACAAACAGAGAAGAGCCUAAACCUUCCAAACACGACACGAACUCUCCACCUGCGCACAGUCAACGAGAACACACGAACGCGCUUGAGAAGAAACAUCCACAACACCGCGAGAAGAGUGAGAGGCUCCUGAUUAAAGGCGGUCGGAUUGUGAACGAUGACCAGUCCUUCUAUGCAGACAUCUAUAUGGAGGAUGGAGUCAUCAAGCAAAUUGGAGACAACCUGAUAGUCCCAGGAGGGGUGAAGACCAUUGAUGCCGAUGGGAAGAUGGUGAUUCCUGGAGGGAUUGACAUCCACACGCACCUUCAGAUGCCCUUCAGGGGCAUGAGCACUGUGGAUGACUUCUCUCAGGGCACCAAAGCUGCUCUUGCCGGAGGAACAACCAUGAUCGUGGAUCAUGUGAUCCCGGAGCCGGGCUCUAGUCUGCUGGAGGCCUUCGAGCGCUGGAGGGAGUGGGCUGAUGAGAAAGCCUGCUGUGAUUACUCUCUGCAUGUGGACAUCACCCACUGGAACGACAGCGUCAAACAAGAGGCCCUGAGUCUCAUUAAGGAGAAAGGAGUGAACUCUUUCCAGGUCUAUAUGGCUUUUAAAGACCUCUAUCAAUUGAGCAACAGUGAGAUUUAUGAGAUCUUCACCUUCCUUGGAGAGCAUGGAGGAAUUGCACAGGUCCAUGCAGAAAAUGGAGAAAUAAUUGCUGAGGAGCAGGCUCGUAUGCUGGAGAUGGGCAUCACAGGACCAGAGGGACAUGUUCUCAGCCGUCCAGAGGAGCUGGAGGCUGAAGCAGUGUUUCGAGCUGUCACUAUUGCCAGUCAAACCAACUGUCCGCUCUAUGUGACCCGCGUGAUGAGCAAGAGUGCUGCGGACAUCAUCUCACAGGCCAGGAAAAAAGGUAACGUGGUGUUUGGUGAGCCGAUCACAGCCAGUUUGGGAACCGAUGGGACUCAUUAUUGGAGCAAGAACUGGGCAAAGGCAGCGUCUUUUGUGACCUCACCACCCCUCAGUCCUGACCCAACCACACCAGACUAUCUGAGCACCCUGUUGGCCAGUGGUGAUCUGUCGGUGGUGGGCAGCGCUCACUGCACAUUCUCUGUGGCUCAGAAGGCCAUAGGGAAAGACGACUUCACUCAGAUUCCUGAAGGAGUCAACGGAGUAGAGGAGAGGAUGUCCGUCAUCUGGGACAAGGCUGUGGUCACUGGUAAAAUGGACGAGAACAUGUUUGUGGCUGUGACAAGCACCAAUGCUGCCAAGAUCCUCAACCUUUAUCCACGCAAGGGUCGGAUAGCCGUGGGGUCCGACAGCGAUCUGGUUAUCUGGGACACAGACGCCAUCCGGACAGUCACUGCUAAAACACAUCAUUCUGCAGCGGAGUAUAAUGUGUUCGAGGGCAUGGAGCUGAGAGGUGCACCUCUGCUGGUCAUCUGUCAGGGGAAGAUUGUUCUGGAGGACGGGAACCUGCACGCGACCGCUGGCACUGGACGCUUCAUUCCCUGCUCCCCGUUUCCGGACUUUGCUUACAAGCGCAUCAAUGCCAGGAAACAGCUGGCCAUUCUGAAGGCGGUCCCCCGAGGCAUGUACGACGGCCCCGUCUCUGAAUUCUCACCCAUGUCGAGGGGCGGCACGCCAUCUGCCUCCACCCGUAACUCACCCACCAAAGCCCCGGUGAGGAACCUCCAUCAGUCUGGCUUCACACUGUCAGGUCCUGAGGAAGCCCCCGUCAGACCGGCUGGAAGACGCACCUUUAUGCCCCCCGGGGGCCGCUCCAAUAUCACCUCCCUCAGUUAAACAUAAAGAGCAUGCAAGCGAGAGGCCAGGAUCAAAUCAGAAGUGUAGAAGUAAGGUGAUUAGUCAGGAAAAGAAAGAAAAGAAGCGUAAAA